AUGGGUUGUUCUGGAGAUCGCGAAAAGGGCAUUGUCCCACUCGAGGAAAAAUGGGGUUAUGUUAAUCUCGACGAUUUUAAAUCCGAAUCUUGCUGGUCUUCCUUCUCUUAUAUCUUUAUAUGGAUUAUGUUACUCGUUUCAAUGGCGGUUUACGGUGUCGACAUCUUCACGGCAGUCAAUCUACUCGCCUUUUCUCGCUGGUCUGGCCGCGUUGAGCCCGCCAUCCCGUUCAAAAUUUCUCGUUGGAUCUUCGCUGUGUGUAUCAUUGUCUCGAUUGCUCUUCUGGCAUAUCGCUGGCUUCUUGCGAUUCGUGCCAUGCGUUCCGGCAGUAUCACUCGGAGCUACCUUGACCCGCUCGCAGUCCGCGUACAGAGUGUUCGUGUGUUUACGAAGAAGGGGCGAGGAUGGAAGAAAUUCUUGGUGUUUGCCGACUUGACGAAGAGUAAGAAAGGUGCAGAAUACGUUGCCUUGUAUACCUAUUUUGCCUUUCAAUCUUGGAUGAAUACAGUCUUCGCCGACGGUCCACGUCAAGUCAUUAAUGCCAUCACUCUCUACUCCGUCAUGAAAAUGGACUUGCUUCCAGGAGGGAAGAAUACAACCAGUGAUGAUGGUAGCUCGGGCUUCUCGCAGUUUUUUAACAAUCUUAAAAUCCUUGCUGAGAGUAACACCCUUCAAGCCGUGGUCUUGUUUGGUAUGCUUUUUACACUGAUCAUCUGGGUUCUGUCGGUCUUGAAGCUCGCUUCUGCCGUCAUCCUUUACCUGAUCUUCUUGUUCCAUCAUAUUCCCGAGGAGGAUGGCUCGCUUAAAGCGUACUGCCGCCGCAAGAUUAGCACCCGAUUGAAACGAAUUGUACGAGGCAAGGUCGACAAAGCUUUGGCUAAAGGUUUACAACUGCAAGAUCGAUCACCAACCAGGCCAGGUCUGCCAACUGCGGAUUCGAAGCCCACGUUGCCUUUUGUCGAUAUGGACAAGACUCCUGUUGUCACUACAUUGUCGCGCAGCACUACUGAGACAACAUUGCCCCCGUACACACGAUCAAACUCGACUCGAACGGACCAAAAUCCCACACUGCCGAAUCUCGAAAUGGCUAGUAAACCUGCGUUGACACGCACUACAACGCAGUCGUCGGCUAUCUCAGCAGAUUCAGCCUCGUUGACCGCCAACGCCGCCCCGAUGGGCUACAGCCCUCUUGAUCGACAGAAUGCCACACUACCUCCAGUCCCGCCAUUGCCCCCUACCGUGCCCUCGAGGAUGGCAUCAGGGCAAUCCCGUCAAACCCCCGGUCCACCGCCAUUCGGAAAUGAGACCGACCGUGGUCCGGCGGGAAUGUAUCGCAAUUUGACAGACGCCGGAGCUCAAUCCAACCGCACAUACAACUCUGCCAACGACCCAUAUGCCCCAAUGGCUCCUAGCGUCCAUAGCUCCUCUUCUACUCCCGGUUACUAUGGCCACUCCCAUACGCCUGGCCGGUAUGAUCCAUACGCGUCUGCGGGCGACGGUUACGGUGCCGAUGAAGAAUAUGAGAAUUAUGGACCUCCUGUAACCGAACGAGAUCACUUUGAACAGCAAGGUUAUACACCCGAGACUGGCUAUGACGCCGGAUCCUACUCUUCAGCUUCUGCCGCUGCUGUGUCCCACCCGCAAGAUCCGUAUCAAGCUCGAUCAUAUACACCGGCAAGCACUGGUAUGACCAACCGCAACGAUCAUUAUCAGGCUCGAUCGUAUACCCCGGCAAGCGUUGGUGUGGCCAAUCCUAGCGACCCUUACCAAGCUCGGUCAUAUACCCCAGGAAUUACUAGCACAUUUAGUUCCGAGGACAGAUAUCAGACAUACACUCCGGUCAGUGGUGAUACACCAGCAUACUCUCAAGAUGGGUACUAUUCCCGAUCUUAUACGCCAGCAAGCACCGGAUCCACGCCCUAUCAACAAGAUCCGUAUCAGGCUAGGUCAUACACACCCGCGAGCACGAACGCUACCUCUCGAAGUCAAGGAAAUGCAGCAUCUCUACGAUCCAUGACUCCAGCCAACCAAGGCACACCCGCCCCACGAGCAGAGCAGCAGCCACAGCGGCCGCCCGUUAGAACAUUCACUCCUAUGACCUCAGACAGCUCAACAGACUCACCAAGCAGUGGAUACACUGCGUUCAAUCCUACUGCUCCAUCUCAAACUCCACAACUCCCAAUGCCGCGCAUGCCACCGUCUGCGGGAUAUCAAUCUUUGAGUCGAGCUCAAACAGCGUCGCCUUCGACGAUGAAUCGAAAUGAAACUCCUGCAGGGUAUUCGUUCAAUCGGGCAAAUACCGACCGAUUUUAA